AUGGAAGGCACUAAGGGCGAUGAAGUAUCCAUUACAGUAGGAACUACUGGAACAAUCAGCUUAUUGAUGACAAAGGAAUUGGAUCAGAUGUCUUGUGCUCCACACCAGGAUCUAUCAUCAAAAAGUAAACCUCGAAUUUCAGUUUCGAGUGGUAGUACUACGCCAAAACGACCACAACGAAGAAAAUCAUUUGAAGCCAGUAGCAGUGGCAGAAGUAGUAAUGUUACAAACCAUGUAAGCUCUGGGGUUGGCCCUAUGACAAAACAUAAUGGCAAACAUACCCAUCAAAUACCAAUGCUUGGUUCCCAUACCCUUCCAUUGGAUGCAAGUCCAGUUAUGAAGACAAAGGAUAAGAAGAAAAAAUCUAAAAUUGUUGAAGUUGUGGACAUAAAGUGUGGUUAUCCAGAUAAAGCUUGGGCUACCCCUAUCACAAAUUCUCUCAAGAAGUUGGGUUUCUCAAAGCUCUCUGAGAGCAUUACCUAA